ACCCCCCGGAAUAAAGAAAAGUUGCUAGGGUUUUCACUGCACCUGAGGUUUGUAGAGAAGAAAUUCAAUAUGAAGAAAGUCGAUUUUUGAACGAAAGGGACGAACUUUAAGUUCAUGGACCGCUUGCGUCCUCGGAGCCGAGCGGUCUUUUCUGGGUUUACAAAUGCCGAGAUUGAGAGAAUGGAGAAAUUGUUAAGGGAAUCUAAGGUAGGAUCAUUUGGCAGGGAAUUUUGCCAAAAACUGGCUGGAAGUUUCAACCGAUCCUCUGGUCGUGCUGGGAAGCCUGUCAUAAAAUGGACAGAGAUUGAAAGUUGGUUUCAGACUAGGCUCCAAGACUCACCACAAGUCCCUAACAGUGAGUUGAUGAUGGUUCCUAAAUGCCUUGAAUGCAAGGAAGUGAAAAUUAUGCCAGAUCCAUCAGAGUUGGAAUUUGAAGCCAGAUCAUCAAAAGAUGGAGCAUGGUAUGAUGUUGAGGCAUUUAUAGCUCACAGAUUUCUUAGCACAGGGGAAGCUGAAGUCCAUGUCAGAUUUGUUGGAUUUGGAGCUGAGGAAGAUGAGUGGAUCAACAUUAAAACUUCAGUUCGCCAACGCUCUAUUCCUUUUGAAAACACGGAGUGUUCCAACCUGAAAGUUGGAGACUCUGUCCUGUGCUUUCAGGAGAGGAGAGAUCAAGCAAUUUACUAUGAUGCUCACAUUGUAGAGAUCCAAAGGAGAAUGCAUGAUAUUAGAGGUUGUAGGUGCCUCAUCUUAAUUCGAUAUGAACAUGACAACUGCGAGGAAAGAGUUCGGUUGAGGAGACUUUGCCGCAGACCAAGAUGUUAGCUGUAUUUGGGAUCAAUUCUUUUUGACAUUCCAUGAGCUCAGCAAAACGACCUUGGUGCACAUUAGGAAGCAACUAGCACUUGACAUGGAGUGUAUCGUGCAAAUUUAAUAGCUGAAAAAUGUAAAAUCCUUUCCCCAUCCACUUAAGUUUCAGUUGGGGGUGCUGUAGAAGUUUAAUUCUGAAACUUUUUGAAAUGGUGUGUUUUUUUGUCAUCAUUAGUAGGUAAGAGCAGUAGACGGUAAAAGAAAAUUCAGCUUCAAUUAUGGAAUUUUUACAUACUCUGGGGAAAACAAAAAUCAAACAAGAAUCGUUGUUUUUCAUCAAUGGCAACGGUACCUAUUAUGGGUACCUCUGAUCAUUCGUAUGUUUUCGGAACUGAAUGAUAAGAGGAAAAGAUGGUUUUAUGGUUAUAUUAAUGCAUACAAUUGCGUGCAUUUGA